UCAGUAAAACCAGUUAUUCUUUAAUGUUUUGUGUACUGGAUGCCACAGAACAUCUUACCACAAUCCACUAUCGUGGUUCGUUGUCAUCAAAUCAAAACAAACUGUUAAAAGGGAUAUGUGAGGUGUUUAUUUAUUAAUUUUGCAAAAAACAUGCCUUCUGAUAUAAAAAAACUUGUAAAUAGCAGUUUGCCCGGAGAUAUUUUGCCGGGACCUAGCCUCAACCCAGAGCAGAGCACGACAUACAUAAGAAAAUUUUUAAUACAAAACAUACCACAAUCUGACCUUGGCACCCUCACAACCGAUUUACAAUGGAAAUUCAUGUUAGAAAAACACUCCCUGCGGAAGAAACAGAAGCCAAAGGGUAAAAAAACGUUUCUCACACGCAAACAACGCCUAGAGCUCGGUUUACUGAAGUUACCCAAGGAAGGAUGGAGUUACGCUUCCUUGGAACCUUUGAGGGACAUGUGGAAGGAGUAUAUGAGGCAAAACCUGGAAAUUGCCAAGGCCCCCAGUUGUAACGAUCAAGAGUGGAAUGCUGUUAGCGCAAUUGUGGCUAAAUCUGAACUGGUAGGAGCGGAAAUGACCAUUAUCAAGUCUAAAGUACCCAGUCAGGUUGGAAUGUCGGGCGUCGUAGUUUUGGAAACUAAAAUGACCUUUCAAAUAGUCACUCCCCAGUCUAAACUGAAAACUAUUAUCAAGACCAGUUCGGUGUUCCAGUUCCAGUUGGACAAUAUGAGGUUCGUAGUGUAUGGCAAACAUAUCGCUACAAGGCCACACGAACGGAGCGUUAAAAAAAUUAAGUGCCAAAUGAUUCCUGAUCUGUAAAAGUGUUAUUGUAAUUUAAAGGUGGAGAUAUACAAGUACUUGUAUUUUAUUAUAGAGAUAAAAUAAAGUGUUAUUAUUAGAAACUGUACAACAAAGUACGAGUAAUUGUCCUGCAGGUAUAAAAGUACACAGCUAAUAAAAUAAAAAAAUUGUGUAAAAUAUGAUGAAUUUUGAAAAAACGUAAAAGCAUUUGAAAGUAAGUAUCUAACUCUGUAUUUGGGGAACUUUGCAAGUUAAAGGAUUUACGAAAUUUUAGAAAAACUGCAAGGCAGAUUUCA